AAGCUUCAACAAAGCUGACUCUUCAGAGUUAUCCCAGCCCACGCUAGUGUAGAGAAUUGCUCUAUACUCCUAGAAACCAUCUCUCGCCUUGAUGACCUUGACCUACUCAAGCAUGCUUUGCCAGUGGUGUUUACGAGCGCUGAAGCUUACGCGGUGGCACUGCGGAUGGUCAAAAGACAGCCUGCUACAUGGCUUCAAUCAAACCUUGAUGAGGAUCUGAAGAAGAUAAACGUCUUUGCCACUCGAAGCCAGAUCAUUGAACUGGUAGCUCCAUUACUGUCUGACCCGACUUGGCGCUUCAGACAAUAUCAGUCAGCGCUGGAUUCGCUCGAAGUGUCUACGCCUGAUGAUUUCACAAGCUUCAGCAAGCUUAUCGGGUUGUGGGCAAAUGAUCCUCUCCUCCAUACUUCAUUGAUGCCUGUUCUCCAAAAAUUGGCCCAAAAUCCAGACCAGAUUUUUGAAUUCCUUUACAAGUCGUUGCAGCAUCCACGGACUCUUCCCGAUGCUAUCUUCUUGCAGCUUGUCCCGACGAUCAGACCUCUCAUGGAUCCAACGCGGCAACGAAGAGCUCACGGAAUAUCUGUCGUUCUUUGCCACAUGCAAGAACUUGGACUCACCGAGCAAGUCCGAGAGAUCACAGUCGAGAUCACCAAAGCAGCAGCUUCCACGUCAGAUACCUCCGCUCGGGAAUAUCUGCCUUUCCUUAGAGUGAUGGUUGGUCCCCUGUCCUCGCGAAAACUUUUAGACUGUCUUGCUUUUCGUAUGAUGUACCUUCAUAUUCUCAAUACUUACAUAAGGAGCUUCAGCAAGAAAAAGCCCACUUCGAAUAUGAAAAGACAGAAGUGUGGCUGCGGGUGCUUUCCAUGCAAGGACCUAGACAAGUUCAUGGAGUCACUGGACCGCAAAGUCCUAAAGAGAUAUCGAACCGAUAAGGAACGAAAGCACAUACGGCAAAGAGUGCACGCCUUUGAGACCAGAGGCUUGUUGAGAACCACUGUCAUGGUUCCUGUGUCUCUGGAGAUGAUUAAGACAAGUCCAGAGUUGGAAAAAUGGGACAAAUCGUGUGCUUCGAUUGUCCAAUACAUCAGCAAAAUAGGGCAUUCAAGUUUGAAGGUUUUGCUCGGAGUUUGCUACACAUCUAUUAUGGCUCUGGAACCAAUCCCCGUUGCCGAUGCCCCUGCGUCCGUGUUAUCUCAAGUCAUCGACUUGACUGAUGCCGGGGCUGGAACCCCAUCUCAACCUGCUAAAAAUCCAAGCCCUAUUCAUAGAUUUGGCGUUCCAGCAUUCUCCCAGAUUCAAUCUUCUCUAUCGGGACCAAGUCGGACACCAGAGUCGAAUACAUCGUGCUCGGAAACUGCGAGUAAGCGAUCCGAGACGCGAAUCAGCCCUCCCCUUCAAGCGACAAGCAUCAACAAAGUCACAGCUUUGAACACUUUGAAACGCAUACAUUCCCCGCCCGCAUCUCCCACUCGUGUUACAGUACCUGUACCCGCAACUGAUCGCGUCGUUCCCCAAGCUCCUCCGCCUCCAGCAUGGCUGACUACAAGUGUCGCCUCUCUUUCGGCCCAAUUUCCGACGCACAUUUUUGCCGACUUCAUGCAACCUGUCAGUGUAGAUAUUGCAACAGGCCAGCGUGUAUCAGUACCUUCAGAAGGUCAUUCGUUACUUGGAAAUACCAAUCUCACUUUCUUUCCGAGGAUAGCUUGCGCAGAUUGUCACACGUCGCAUGCUCCUGGGCCUGGGCAGACUGCUGAAACCUUCAGGAUACAUAUCACCAGUUCUCAGCACAGGAAUCGGGUAGCAGCUAGGAUAGCGAGAGCUCAGAAUGAGACGGGAGGUCAGCCACAGGACGUACCUGUUAAUCUGGAAGCAGAGCCACCAGCAAAAAAAGUUCGCUGUGAAUGAGGUGCUAUGGUAUGCCCAAUCUUUUGGUGGACUCGCUGGGAUUCGCUUGAUGAUAGAUGCUAUCGCAACAAAAACGCACACUAAGAUACAUGUGACCGUGUCCUUAGCUCGAUCCAUGGCCUGUUGAAUACUGUGCAAGAAAAGUCUUCUGUGGAAGAUGCGAAUGAAUUUUGAGCCUGCAUGAAGCUCU